GUAACGCUCGUCAUUUUGGUGCUCUUUUUGCGUUGUUGUGUGCGUUUUGUGACCGCGGGAGUGUCCUUUUACCAUGCUGCUGGUUUCUCGCUAGUUACUGGAACGUUGUACAGAGCCGUUUUACCGAAAUAUCGUCCAAACAACCCGUUGCGGAAACGUUGCAGCCGAUGCUGGGAGAGUCGCCUUCCGCGACCAAGCCGCGCGCAUCACGACAGGAGGAAUGUCAAACACAGUUUACAGCGCGGACCAGUGUUCCACAAACUAGCAGCUACCAUCGUCGCUAGAAGCGACCGAUUCCGAAGAUGUUUUCCGGCGGGCUACUCUCCCGUUUGAAACAAAUUAUCACCGGUUGUGAUGAUGGGCACGAUCGUAAGCGUAAAAGUGCGGUGCAGUUUAACAGCAUCGACCCGAAACGGGCUCGAAUGACACAUCUGCCUUCGAUUCCAGCGCCGGUCGAGAAUGAUUGGCAUUGUGCACCGGUUGUUGAUAUGCAUCAGAACGGUCACCGGAGUACGAUCGCGAAUCCAACGGCAAUGAGUAAAGGGGCCCGUUUUAUGGUUGAUCUCACUGACGACGAUUCGCAACCGGUGGCAAACGACGACGGUCUGUCGAUUCGGAAGCCUCUGCUGAAUGCGCGCCGCUCGAUGGGCAGCAGACCGUUCGAGGACCACACGGGGACGCUCCCUAAGCCACGUGCCAAGAGCGACCUGCCGAUGUUGAUACCGCUCAAGUGUGUCGCUUCUAACCCGGUGCCGAAGCCCCAGAUCCGAGAACUCGGCACACGGUUCGGCCGUCGUUCACUGUCCAAUCAGACGCCGCCGUCGAUAAACCCAAUCACAGGCCUUACGACGAAAACCACCAGCUCCAUUCCAGAGCUUACGGGUGAGUUUCAUAACCUUUUGCGCACGAAGUACAGUAUGACUCCGUGGGAAAGUGGCCACCGGCGGAGCAGUAACGGGCCGGUCGGUUUCGAGCGGGACACCGACAGUGAGUACGAGACGCUGAAGAGGUACGAAAUGCUGAUGAAAAAAUUCAUUCCCAAUGUGAACGAUUCGACGGACACGACGACGAGCGCAAAACGGGGUCAAUACUCGAGCUUUGUGUUGAACGGGCCCUUGCAGCGGCCCCCGUUACACCAGCAACAGAAAUCGCCGGAAGUGGGGGCGAUCGUCGACCUGACCGACGACGAGGAUGACACGUGUAGCUAUGGAAGUGCUGAGAACGGAGAGCCGGUGCUGGAGGGCAGCCGCAAAGCGACUAGUGGCCGAUUAUUUGACACGACCGAUCAGCCUACAAUCGCCAGACCGUCCCUGGAAAAGGUGAACACGUUCAAGGAGAAACUACAGACCAAGCCGGCCUACCGGGAGAACAUCAUUCAGGAUGUUCAGCAGCGGUAUGGGUCGCUGUUCGACCAGCGCAAGUCCCUUAUCGAGCAGGAGAAGCAACGGCUCAACGAUCUGAACAAGAACACGCUGGAGCAGGAGAACUUGAUGCGUAGCAAAAUGUUGAACUACGUCAGCACGUUCCGGGCGUUCGAGCUGAUGGCGAUCGACGAGCAGGAACCGAAGGAAGCCACACCGGAGCCGGAGGAGGUGCCACUUCCGGCGCUCACCCAGGCGCAGCUGGAUCUGAUCAAUAGGAAGCUCCGAGCCGGCGGUGAAGUCGUUGCGGACAAGUUCAACCUUAAGAUCAAGGGCAAGGAUCUGGUGACGUUGGCUGGGUCCAACUGGCUUAACGAUGAGGUGAUUAACUUUUACAUGGAACUGCUCCGGGAGCGUAGCGUGGUGCGGUCGGAGCUGCCGAAGGUGUACACUAUGAAUACCUUCUUUCUGCCGCGGCUGAUGCAGAACGGCUACAGUGGGGUUCGCCGGUGGACGCGCAAGGUCGACAUUUUUGCCCACGACAUUCUCGUGGUGCCGGUGCACGUGAACGGUGUGCACUGGUGUAUGUCGAUCGUCGACCUCAGGCGAAAGACCAUCCACUAUUACGACUCGAUGGGAUCGCCGAACAAUCCGGUUCUGAACGCGCUGGAGAGCUACUUGUGCGAGGAGUCACAGGACAAACGCAAGACACCAUUCGACAAGGCUGACCUGACGAAGCAGAACAUCCGCGACUGCCCGCGGCAGCAGAACGGGAGCGACUGCGGUGUGUUUAGCUGUAUGUUUGCCGAGUUCCUGACCCGCGAUCGUCCCAUCACAUUCGGCCAGACUGACAUGCAGUACUUCCGCCAGAAGAUGAUGGUGGAGAUCGUGCAGGGUCAGCUGUUGACGUAGGUCCGUCCUUCGGCCGCACUCUCAUCCCAAGGGACACCUUUCUCCUCCUCGUUCGGUUAGCUCAUAUUUAUUCUUGCUCCUGUGGAACUGCGUUCUCCAAAUAACACACGUCCAGCACACAAAAUUUGGCCCGACACAUCGGACAGGUGGCCUUCUUGCUCAGCCAAGUGUCCCACUCGGAUCGCUGCUGCGUCGACACGAACCAGUUCGCAAGACAGCUGAGGCACCAGUGCGGCCGACAGUGGCACUGUUCGCAGCGCUCCGAGUCCGGCAGCAGCCGACCCUCGCGGUCAACAUCGAGACAGUGUUUCUCAAUCUUUACGUCCGGCUGCGCCUGCAGACAAGCCAAGCAGGUGUCCUCCAGCGCCGCCGGAUUCGGAACGGUGGGGUUGAGCGCAACCUCCUGCCGGAACACAUCCACGAACCGGUCGGUAAGGCUUUGGAAUUUGACCGACGACAGUACGAUGACCGGGCAGCGGACGUGAUCGCGCAGGUCCCUGUAGUGUGUUCCGUUGAGUCGAAUAUCGAACUUUUUCUCCUGCGGCCGCAGCUGAUGCACAGCAAUGUUGACGUAUUGGGAGUCCGCGAACGUGUCCGUGAUGACGGCCUGUGUUUCAACCUGCGUGGAAAGGGAGAAGGCGAAUAAGCAUGAUUUAGGAGAAUCGAAUCGAUCCGACCGCUGCUGGCGAACCUUGUACACCAUCAUGACCGUGUUACUCUGUUGUGCUACAUUCAUCCCGUACAUUCUAACUUCGAUUAUCCAGUUUUCGGUCACCACCAGCCGUGAAAUAGCACUCAACCGUACCACCAUCUUUGUAUCCCUGUAGCGUUACGAACAAUGAAAGCAGCAACAAAUGUUUAUUUAAAUAA